AUGGGCAAAGUGAAAUUUUCGCGGCAAGAUGCUCUGUAUAAACUAGCAUCUGACAUAGUAAAAAAAAUCCUGAAUGGUGAGUAUGAAAUUGAAAUAUCGUACAAGAUAGCGGGAUACAAUGCUGUUCGAACCGAUGGUACUGGAUUUGAAGCUGAAACUUUUGAUAUGCACCUGAAGAAUAGCAGUGAGAAAUUCACAAAACAACUGAAUGGAGAAGCUAUUGUACGAACAAUUGACUCUCAAACGGGAGUGUCAAUUCAUAGCGAUCUAUCUUCCACAAAUGGGAAUCCAAUUGGUACUAUUAUUCUGUACACUGGACAAGAUUUACCGAGUUCAAAGUGGUUAAGAUGCAACGGGAUGAAAGGUGGUCGACAGUACCACACGAUGGCCGUUAAUGAGCUACCACCACACUCACAUGACACAGGAACUUUAACAAUUAUGGAAGGAGGGUCACACAGUCACAGCUAUACGGAUCUAGGACACAACCAUGGCGGUCGCACCGGAGGAGCGGCUUUUGGAGCUGGUACCUGGGGUUUUCAUGGAAGCCCAGGUACUGGUGUUGUUAUGGCCGAUGACAAUGAUUUAGAUCAUUGCCGUUGUUUUCGAAGUUCAUUUCUAGCUUUCACCUUUUUGGAGAGAUCAUUGCACACUCUGUUUCUCGUAUGUGUCGAUAAUAUAGUGACAACUGAAAUAUGUCGAGGAUAG